AACAACAGUCGCGAUCAGUCAUCAACAAGCAAAUCUCAGCAUAUUGAAAUUUCAACAAAAUGUUUACACAGACUUUAUUAAUAUUUCUUGGAUUGGUUGGAUGCAGUAACGGAGGUUCCGUAUCGGCGUCUCCAAAAUACACGUGGCCUUUGAAUGGAGUAUUUAGAGGAAUUGAGACUAACACGUAUACGUAUAGUUUAAAUCACGACCAAGUUGAGAAUAUACCAGUUCAGCAGAAUGGUAACCCUAACCUGAUCGAACAAAGUACUUUGGUAUUUGAUGGAACUUAUUUCAUUGAUGUUCCCAUAACUGCAGAUCACAACUUUCAAUCAGUAGCUAUAAGUUUAUAUAUUCAAGCUAAAUAUGAUACCAGACCUAGAAGUGUGUUUUUUCACUACAAAUCCACAAACAACGAGCAGUCCAAAAUAACAGAAAUAAUUCUGGAAGGAAACUACAAAGACUUAAAAUUUACUGUGAAAUUCGGAGACGGUGCUAUCUUCACCGAAUCAUGUCCGAAUGAUUAUAAAACUAGCUCCGUUUUUCUGGGAACAUUUGUACACUCAUUUACCAGUGGACGGGCUGGUAUUUACUUUGAUUGGGAGCAUAACCACCAGAUCGAUUCGAUAUCAGGGAGGUCAUUAAGUGUACCUGGAACUGUUCGGUUUGGUGGUCAUCAAACAGAUACUGCAUAUGGUUAUAUUGGGCAAUUGUCAUGUGCUUCUAUGUUUGAUAUUGACGAAGACAUAGACCCAACUUAUUAUGCUUCUAUCUGCAAUUCAAUUGUUACCCCGCCAACAACAGCCCCAUCUCUUGUUUGGCCCUUAGAUGAUAAGAUGCAGGGCUUUGAGGUCAAGACGAAUAUAGUGCCAACCUAUAAUUCACUAAAUCCACCACGAUGUCUACCAGGACCAUUAGAUCUACCAAACAACGCUAUGGCUUUUGAUGGAUCGUUUCUGUCUUCUAUAUCCACAUCAGUUCCCCAAACCAUGCUCCUUGGGGGCGAAUUCAGCCUGGCGGUGUUCAUAUUGCUUGACAUAUACAACGAUGGUGACAUUAUUUAUGCAAAAAGUAGCCUCCACGGAUUCUUGUUGAAUGUUCAAAAUGGAAAUCUCUAUUUAUCUCAGUUCGAUCAUAGGCGGACCACGCCAUGUGCCACGGUGACAGUAGAUGUGGCCCUAAAUCCACUUCAGUGGUAUAUUGUGGUAAUUCAAAGAAGUAUGAACACCACGCACUUUGUUCUCAUUGGUGAUAGUUGGCUUAAGGUCAGUGAUCAAGCUACUUGCCAACAAAUGCCUGAGCCAAGUCCAGCGGUGAAUAUGGAUGUUGUAUUAGGUGUGAUGUCAAUGGAACAGGAAGGAUUCAAGGGUGCGUUGAGAUGUAUGGUUCUGUUCGAAUUUAUUCGUCCAAUUCCUGUUUUGUUGGACAUGUUAAACACCAGCUGUAAAUCCCAGUAUGAAAAUAAUAUUACAGUCGAAUUCACGAAUGCCAAAAAAAGAGUUUCGAAGCAGGCAAUUGUGUCCGCUAACCAUCAACCACCAGCUUUUGCCCGUCAUCUGCGUAGUUUUACCAGUAAAUCUCUAACAUUUUGUGGUAAGGAGUGCCUCGAAACGCCUUAUUGUAGGUCUUAUUCCUAUGGGACCGACCGUACCUGUGUUCAUUAUGACGUGUUCGUGAAGAAUGGAUUAAUUUUGUCUCCGAGAACGAAUUAUUACACACUUGGUUACACCCUUGAAUAGCAGAUUCGCAUGUGAAUAUAAUAAUUUCCAUAAAUCUGGGCUUGAAUUUAAGCAGCCGCGGCAUUAAUUUGGUUGACUGGGUGGAAAUUACUACAAAACUUUUUUUUUAAAAAUUUUUCACGGCUAGCUAGCUGUUGUUAAAUCGCAGCAUCAAAAGCGCCCAAAACUGACAGUGUUUAAAGUUAAGUAGAAUUAAUGGGGGCAGUUGCAUAUUUUCACACAUAAUAAACGUGGGCUUAUUGUGACGAUAUAGGCAAUAUAGCCUUUAUACUUCGGACCUUAUCUGAAAAUCGUAACUCAAAAAUAACCAGACGUUCUGAAAUGAUCACUACAUUUUCUUAACAGUAAAAGUAAACGUGUCAUGAUAAUCUCGACCAUUAUAAUUUCGGAAAAUAUACAAUAAUGCUUAUUCAAGCAGUUGCACAGCGUUGAAUUUGGGUAAAGCGACCAAUCUCACAUGUAACCGGAAAGGUUUUUUUUUCAAAAACGCACCACAGAGCUUUAGAUAGCAUCAGUCUUUAACCCUUGCUUUAACAAAGAUAUUCACUAAAAUAUAUCUUGUAGGCACCCUUUAAUAACACAUACGGUCACGUUUACCAUGGUCAUGUUGAUCGAUAAGUUACGAAUUUUACGUAUACACGAUAAUCUAUACACAAAUAGAAUGCGGUAUGUCACGGCAAAUUGCAAUGUGUGAGAUCGGCUUAAAAAACUAAGAUUGUGGCUAUGAUUAUUUCUGUCAUAAAGUAUCACAAUUGUUUUUAUUAAAUGAACUUCGUUAUUUGUUGACAAAACUAUUGAGAUUAUAUGUAUCAUAUCAAAAGAUUAAUGUAUCUAUCUCUUCGUAGAUAUCUAUUUUGCUUUGAAUAGAACGUUCUGACAAUAUCUACGUAUAAACAAUCAUUUUAAUGGCCUGUCUUAUGAACAAUGAUUUUGAAUAGUAUGCUGAGGAGAAAACAAACAUAAAGCUUAUCUAAAAUCAAUCUACAUUUUUUAAAAAUGAAUGAAGUGGUUCUGUAUUAAAGAUUUUCUAAUUAUCUUUAAUGGCUAUCUAUUUCAUAGGUGAAGCACAUGUUUUACUGGGUUUUCGAUUCAAUAAAAAGAAGCCUAUUUAACUUGCCUGGAAGAUUCAGUUCAAAACAUAAAGCAGCUGGGAAAUGAUUACCAAAAACUGUUCAUUACUAUUACAAGGAUAACAAAACAAAAAACUGUGCUAGGGCGCUCGCCUUCAAUUUACAAUUUAGCGACCUGAUAAUGUGCCCAUACUAUUCUCUCCCCCCCAUCCCGUAAAUAUAAGGGUAAUUGGGGGGGGGGGGUAUCUGUAAUAAUAUUGCUAGAAUUUUUGCUCUUGAAAUUAAUGGGAGCAGUAUAUUUCAUUAAUUAAUAUCUUUGGUGGACAGUUAUUAAAUUCACAUAUAUGUAGAAUUGUAUUAAAAUCAACUUAGUGAGUAAGUGACAGUUGACACAUAAACAGAGUUACAGAACCAAAACAUAUCUGUCUGUAUGUGUCAAUAAAAUACCACGAGAUAUCACGUGCAUGGAAAUUUACCAUUGCAUCUUUUGGCUUAAUUUAACCAAUCAUAUCGUUAAUUGCACAGGUUCAGGGUCAUGAUCAUACUUGAUUGUGCGUGAUAUGCAUGAGCUCUAUAAAAAAAAUCAUAGUAAACUUUUAAAUCAGACUUCCAUUAGAUUCCAGAGAGGUUCCAUCUGAGUUCCUAGACAGCCGCGAGGCUGGCUAGGGUGGAGAAAUCGUUUUAGCUAGUAUUGUUAUCUAUUAUGCUCGUAUACCUGUAUUCGGCUAUGCUAUAUAAAAUGUAAAAACGAACUGUUGCAUUGUUAUAACUGAGAAGACAAACGUCUUAAACCAGUAAGAAGCAAACACACAACGUGAAGGAGAAGCAAAGACAGUUAGAGACAAAUUCUAGACGAUCACAAGGCUACAGAAAUAUGUAGUAAGAAAAGAUGCAUGGGUCGUAUGUAAGAUGUGGCGACCGGUUUUAGUACGUGUCCUCUCUCCACGUCUGACUAAAGACUCAUGGUGCUGCAUAUCGAGGGAUGG